AUGCCGGUUGAGACUAGUCCAUGUGGUGAGUCACCACGUGCAACAGAUACAUUCGCUGCGUCUGCAGCAGGAGCUGUGGCUCGCAACGCGGUUGAUACUGAAAUUGGGUUCAUCUAUUCUGGCGAGUCGAAUGAUGUAUCCGACUCGAAGGCAAAUCCUCACGCCUUCGGAUCACCCGGUGCGGACACUGCAAGAGCCAGAUUGACUGGCUCUGGUCAACGUGGCGGCAUCAUGCUCAAGAUCUUCGGAUUUAGCGAUUCAUUUGACGAAUCCUCAUCUCACGCAAGUCCAUCUGACGAAAGGACGCGUGGUGAUGGUGAUGAUGACCCUAUGCAUCACCACGAGAGAAGCAACUCGAGGGAUAGAGCUGCCACUGGUGUCAGUGCUCGUGCUGACACCACUCAAGAGGAAUAG